CCUAACUCUCCCCUCAUCUUCGUCGUUUUUGAAAGAGAUUCGAGAAGAGGAAGAUGAGUUUCCAAGAUCUCGAAGCUGGCUCUCGAUUUCAGACGCCGAGAAAGCAGAGAGGUUUGUUUCGUGGAGAUCCAUCUCAGGAGGUAGCCGCUGGGAUAUUCAGGAUCAGCACGGCUCUCAAUUCAUUCUUCCGCCUCGUUAAUUCCAUCGGAACGGCUAAGGAUACUCUUGACUUGCGUGACAAGCUGCAAAAGACAAGGUUACAGAUUUCAGAAUUGGUGAAAAAUACUUCAGCUAAACUUAAAGAAGCUAGCGAAGUUGAUCUUCAUGGAGCAGCUACUCCAAUUAAGAAGAUUGCGGAUGCUAAACUGGCGAAAGAUUUUCAAGCAGUUCUCAAAGAGUUUCAGAAAGCUCAGAGACUUGCUGCUGAAAGAGAAAUUACAUAUACUCCUACUGCCGUCACUAUAGAUAUCCCUACCAGUUAUAAUGCACAGGAGCUGGAUACCGAAUCGUUAUGGACCUCUCAACAGCAAACAACUCUUCUACAAUCAAGAAGGCAAGAAGUAGUGUUUCUAGAUAACGAGAUAACAUUCAAUGAAGCGAUUAUCGAGGAAAGAGAGCAAGGAAUUAGAGAAAUUCAAGAACAGAUUGGCGAAGUAAAUGAAAUCUUCAAGGAUCUAGCUGUUUUAGUGAAUGAUCAAGGAGUUAUGAUCGAUGACAUCAGCUCUAACAUUGAGAACUCACAAGCUGCAACUGCACAAGCCAUUGCUCAGCUCAGAAUAGCAUCUAAAACUCAAAGAGCAAACUCAUCUUUGACAUGUCUUUUGAUUCUCAUUUUUGGGAUUGUUUUACUCAUCGUCAUCAUCGUUGUCAUGGUCUGAGCAUCAUCAAACGCCAAGAAGAGUCGACGAAAGUAUACAAAUUACCCAUUAAAGAUGAAUAUAUCUUUUGUACAGAUUCUUUUUACUCCAUCGUCGUUCCCAUGUAAUCGAACUGAAUCUUGAUUUCUCAAUUCUCAUCAUGUGAAUGUUGUUUGUGUUAAUCCAUCUUAAGGAUCGUUUAUAGCAAAACAUAUAAUAAACAUUUUUAAUUAGUGUCAAUCCACAGAUUACAGUAGUGAUAUGACAGCUGAAUACGAAGGACGUUUUGC